GGUUGCUGUUCUUCCGCGUUCAGCUCCGAAUUAGGACGAAGCGACCCGAAACGUCGACACAGUUCGCCCGUCGCUCCUCCAGUGGACUAAACCAUCUUGAGUGAAAUCUCCGAGUCCGGAUAAACUCGUCUCGUUUCACAUUGAAGCGUCGAGGCCUCGCCUAGCCUAGCUUAGCUUAGCUUUUUGGGCUAGCUGCUAGCAAAGGGGACGCGCUUGUUAGCAAGUGCUGCGAAAAUGUGUGCAAAACGCGUGAAAGAAGAAAAGUGCGAGGGGAGCGAGCGACAACGUCAACGACUGGCCGCUUUUCGUCAGCAGGCUCACUUUGUGCUGAGCCGAGCAGACGUCCGUGGCGGAGAUCUUUGUCCUGAGCCACCCGACAUGAAAGAGGAAGACGAGCCAGAGGCCCCACACAUGAAAGAGGAGGAGCAGGAGGAUGACAUCACCAAGUUUCAGUUGACUGGUGUUAUUGUGAAGAGUGAACAAGGUGACGGAGACCACAGUGGACAAUCACAAGCAGACGGGCUCUUACCGCCUCUAUCAGAUAGUGACGACAUAACGUCACACUCUGAUGAUGAUGAUGAUGAUGAUGAGGAACACUCGCUUCAUGAUAUGACACUUCACACUGACAAAAAGCGAGUGAAAUGUUCUCAGUGCGACAAAGUUUUUUACAAGUCCUCCUUGAAAAGACACACGAGAACACACACUGGAGAGAAACCUUUUGCCUGCUCAGUUUGUAGUAAAAGAUUCUCGAGAAAGGGAGAUUUAGGAACACACCAGAGAACACACACUGGGGAGAAACCUUUUGCGUGCUCCGUUUGUGGUAAAAGAUUUACUCAAGGAAACUCUUUGAUAGCGCAUGAGAGAACGCACAGUGGUGGAAAACCUUUUGCUUGUUUAGUUUGCGGUAAAACGUUCAGUCAGAAAGGAAAUUUGAUUGCGCACACAAGAACACACACCGGAGAAAAACCUUUUGCUUGUUCAGUUUGUGGUCAAAGAUUCUCUAUAAAGGCAAAUUUAACAACGCACAUAAGAACGCACACUGGAGAAAAACCUUUUGCCUGCUCAGUGUGCGGCCAAAGAUUCUCUAUCAAGAGAAAUUUAACAAGACACACGCGAACACACACUGGAGGGGAAUGAUUCAUUUGCAGCGUACGAUAAAUGAUUGUAUGAAAACUGUUUGGUUCGCAGACAAAUGUACAGACGAGAAGAGCAGC